CCCUCCCUCCCUUUCUUGCUAAAGCAAGCCGCCGCCGCUUCUGCUCCUGCAAGCUCUAUAUUUCCAGGCCUGCUACAGUGCACCCAUCGCCAGCAUGAAGAAGGCGGUGUCAGUGAGAGGAGGUGGGAAGGGAGGCACAGCCCCUACGGACCUCCUGGUCUGCUUCGCCGCUCGGCAGCACCUGGCGCUGAUGCCCAAGCCCAUCUGCAGUCCGUCUCGGGCCACCAUGGACAAGGCAGCCGCCGCGCGCCGGCGCCAGCUCCAGCUCCAGCUGCCGGGCGCCAGCGCUGCUGCAGGUGGUGCGAGAGUGCGCGGCGGGAGUAGCCCGAUGUUCCGGGGGUCCAAGGCGAAGCAGAGGGCGGAGGAAGAAGAGGAGCCGCAGUCGCCCAAGGUCACGUGCGCUGGCCAGAUCAAGGUCAGCCGGCCCAAGAAGGUGAAGCCGGCCUCGACGGCAGCGGCGAAGCACAGUAGCGACGGCGCCGGCGGCGCCAGGAGCUGGCUCACCGUGAUGGAGGAGAUCGAGCGGCUUCACGGCCGCAGGAAGAAGGCGGGCUGGCUCGAGAACCUCGGGAUCAGGCGGCACGCGCUGCCGUUCGUAGGCGGCGCGCUCCGGAGCCUACGGUCCAAGGCACGCUGCUUUGGUUCCCUCCAUGCCGCGGCCGUGGACUCCUCCGUUGACUCCGACGGCAACGGCAAUGGCAACGACGCGGCGGGGCGUGGAAGUGAGCGCGGAGCCGGAGGGAGCGCCGCGGCCAGCGUAUUCUACAAGUGGCUCAUGGUGCUCGAAGGCGACCAGGAGCCCCUGGAGCAAGACGAAACCAGGUACGACGAGGAAUUCGGUCAGGGAGAAGACGUCGAGCGGCAGGUGGGAAAGGAGACGGACGAGGGCACGAACGGGCCGACGUCCGCGCCGCCGCCGAACGCGCUGCUGCUCAUGCGCUGCCGCUCGGCGCCGGCGACUGGGCUGUCCAUGUCCAGAAGGAGGACGUGUGAGCAGUUGGCUGGCGUGGUCGAACAAGGGAAAGGGGCCGCGGGCGGCGUGCCGGGAGACGCUGAAACAGAGGAGGACAAGGAGGAGCUGGCGUUCACGUGCACAGCGCCCGGCUUCAUGAAGCUGUCACUGGACAUCGCCAAGGAGACGUGGGUCGUCGGUGGCCGGGACCCGAUCGCGAGGAGCCGGAGCUGGAAGAGGUGACCGCCAACGCCAAGGCGCCAACAUGCGCCGCAUGCGCGACGCCGACGAGGAUGACGUGGAGGCGGAACCCAUCGUGCUGCCUUGUACAGAUCGCUUCACUAAUUUCUGUGCUGGAACAUAUAUAAACUCAUGUUUCGUAAAUGUUUGAGUUUUAAUCUUUGCAUU